UCCUAUUUCCUACGUUAUCUUUGUAACUUGUAAGCAGAAAGGAAAACCAGCCAAUGUGAAAAGGAAAAGCAAUUUUGAAUAGCAAUAGCGCGGAUAAACUGAUCCAAUACUAUUUGUGGUAAUUGCGAUUGAUUGGAUCAAUAACAACGUUCAUGUGAAUUUGUCAAUAAUAUUCACAAUAACUGUUUUUUGUAUUUGUUUCUUUGUUUCAUACAUGGUCAGUUAAACACAACAGAUUAAUUUAGGCUAUAAAAUUCCACUUGUUUUGGCCUUUGGGAGGCACUUGAGUCCAAGGAUAUGAAUAUGCAAAACAACUUUAUAGAAGUACACUGAGUUUCGGCAGCGACCUAUCUUCUCUUUCUCACAACUAUUUUCAUAGUGGUCAGAGCGUAUAAAAUUUUUCUGUCUUUAAUAUAAAUGAUUGGCUGUUUUAACAAAAUUUGUAUUUAUACAUGAAACAAAAACAUCCAUCACUGAGGCCUAGGCGAGAUUAAACCGGUCCAUAGUAACCGGAAAAUAGAGUUUCCGGUGUAACCCAAAUUUGGAAUACUGCCUCGCUUGUGGUCCUCCUUUCAUUUCGCAUCUUUACUUAUAUUUCGUGGCAUUUUAUGGUUACAUUUGGCCUUUCCGUCAGUUCAAAUUAAAGGAAAAUGGCCAGCUCAUGUUUAUCAAAGGUGGACAAUGCUGCAUCAAGACAGUCAGUUUGUGAUUAUGUUGACUACACUGAUGUUGCUCAUUUUAAAGCACUUGGCCAUUCCAUUAGCUGUUUCCGAGAGAACGAUGAAUUGUGCGAUGUUACAUUGGUAGUUGACACCCAAAAAAUACAUGCUCAUAAAAUAAUUUUGGCAGCAGCUAGCCCAUACUUUAAGGCAAUGUUUACAGGUGGUCUUUCAGAAUGCAACCAGACUUCCAUAUCAAUACAUCAGAUGGAUGGGAAUAGUCUACAGCAAAUUGUUCAGUUUUUUUACACUGCAGAGGUUGAAAUUAAUGAAAGAAAUGUGCAAGAUCUUUUGUCCACUGCAAGUCUUCUGCAAGUACAAAAUGUACUUGAUGCCUGUUGUGAAUUUUUGAGAAGGCAACUUAAUGAUGAAAAUUGUCUAGGCAUUGCAUGUUUUGCUGACCAGCAUGCAUGCACUCAACUUCUUCAUGAUGCUGAAACAUUUGCAAGAAAACACUUUGUAGAUGUUUUACAAAAUGAAGAAUUUAUGGCAUUAAGACCACGACAGUUAUCAAGGUUGAUAGCAGAUGAUGACUUGAAUGUCCUUGGCGAAGAACGAGUUUUUGAAGCUGUUCUGGCUUGGAUUAAACAUGAUCCAACCACCAGACUUGAGUAUGCAAGUGAUGUUUUCAAAGGAGUGAGAUUUGAUCUUCUGUCAAUUGAGUUCCUGCUGGAACGAGCUGGGACUGAAGAUUUAAUUCUUAGUGACAGAUUAUGCAUACGUUAUUUAUUGGAUGGUAUAAGAAAUUCUUUUCUAAACAAAAACCAAAGCCCACGACAGCGAAGGCCAACCACAGAUCAUCAAGUAUUGUAUUCUGUUGGAGGAAUGAGUCGAAGAGAGGCAAGUAAAAGUGGAGAAAAGUUUGAUCCUAAAGAGGGAAAGUGGAGUCCUAUAUGUUCAAUGAGUAUAUGUCGCUGGGGAGCAAGUAUGGGUUCUGUUGGUCCAUAUCUCUACAUCUGUGGUGGUAGUGAUGAUACAUCUCGUCUGGAUACUGUUGAAAGAUAUGAUCCAUAUAAUGACGUGUGGGUGCAUUCAGAACCUAUGUCUUCUAGCAGAAAUGGAGUUGGAGUGUGUGGUGGUGAUGGAAGGAUCUAUGCUAUAGGUGGAUUUGAUGGUUCAAUGCCACUGAAUACGGCUGAAUAUUAUGACACACGUGGUCGUUAUACAAAGUGGAUAAAGAUAUCCCCGAUGAACCAGUCCAGAUUUGGUGUUGGAUGUUGUAUCAUGGAUGGUAAUGUCUAUGCUGUUGGAGGUUCAGAUGGCACAAACCUCCGGACAGUUGAAAGAUAUGACCCUGAUACAAAUACCUGGAGGUUGUUGGCUCCAAUGGUGACAGCUAGAAAACAGGUUGGAGUGGCUGCCCUUGGUGGCUACAUAUAUGCUAUUGGAGGUUGUGAUCAUACUACUAGAUACAAAUCUGUUGAACGUUAUGAUCCAAAACGGGAUGAAUGGAUUGAAGUAUGCAGCAUGAGUGUACCCCGUAGUGGAUGCGGUGUUGCUGUACUUGAUGGAUUUAUUUAUGCUGUUGGAGGUUAUGAUGGAACAUCGUAUCUUAGCUCUGUGGAGAGGUAUGAUCCAUUAUCCAACAAGUGGUACGCUUCAGCACCGAUAAGUCAGCCACGGGACUGUGUUGCAGUUUGUGUUGGGUCGUUACCACCUAAAAAAGGAUACCCAAAACGCACGUAACAACACUAAGCUGCCUGAAGUGUAUCUGCCAUCUUUCCAAGUCUCUCUAUCUCUUUAUUCACAAAAAACCUGAACCAUGACUCCUUUCACUCAAUUCAGUAUUAAAACUGUGCAGCAUAUUAUUGUGCAUUGGAUAUGCAUUCACGAUGUGACAGUUCUCAAUUGUAAACAUCUACUGCAUUUUUAAUGUACAAUACACAUAGGUUUUAUGUGAGUAAAGAGUCAAUUUAUGUAUGCAUAAAAUGUAUACAUAUUGUGUAUAUAUCAUUAGCAUAGUAAAUAUAGAUCUUUUUUAUGUGCAUGUUUUGAGACAUGUG